AUGGCGGUCCGUUCCACCAUCGUUACUGGUUUCGAAGUUUGCCAUCCGGAUAAUCGCGCUGCAAACGAGGAGGAGUACAAUGAAGAAGAGGACAACGAGGAGGAGGACAACGCGGAAGAGGCACUGGAUGAAGAAAUCUGGAUUUUGCAGAAGAAGAAGAAGAUCGCAGACCUGCGUCGGGAGCUGGCCAGCAACGAAUUUCUGUAUGCCCGACCACCAGAUUUCCAGGAUGUAAAAUGCCUGGUUCCACUGUUUGCUGGCAGCGACUCCUACGUUCCACAGAAAAUCGUCAACAAGCUCAAGAAAACUACGUACAUCAACAGCAAGACCUCGGUUAUGGGAUACAUCCUCAAGAUGCAAGAGAUUGCUUCACGUGCAGACAUUGACGAGGCCCAGACCGUACAGAUGAUCGUCGACGGAUUCCGUGAUCGUUCCGCCGAUAUUUCCGUCCUCUAUCCGGCCAAGCACAUGAUGCAACUGAAACAACUAGCCCGACGAUAUACGCAGCUCCGUGAAAUACGUUCCAGUUCCGUUCGUGAUACUCUAUCUGUUCCGGCACGCAACAAAUCGAAGGCUAAGGGUGGUUCCGAUUCCGAAUUACGAUGCUACAAUUGUUCCGGCAAAGGACACGUUUCCGCUCGCUGUCCAGAGCCUCGCCGAGAGCCAGGAUCCUGCUUCCGUUGUGGUUCUAGAGAACACAUCAUCAAGAACUGUCCCAAACCAUCGCCACGCAAUAAGGAUGAAGCGAUCCGCAGUACCCAGUGA